AUGGAUGAGAUGGCAGGGAUUGUUGAGGCGUGCUUUGGAGAAACAAUUCGCGAGGCAACACGUCUCUUGGACAGAAACGGAGAGCAUUUUCUUUUGUGUGGACUGGACCCGGAGGUGCUUCUGAUUGUGCUUGGGCUGGUGAGGACCUAUGCAGAAAGAAUGAACAGGACAGUGGUGCAAGUCCUUCCAACCACUCCCAAAGAUGAGAAUCCUGGCGGAAAAGUUUUCUUUAUCGAUAUAGAUGGCGAAAUGCCGAUGUCCCGCCAGCUCCAUGUAUACCACUAUCUUGAAAAGACCAGGAGGCAUCCCUGCUGUCUUGUGCUUGUAUCGAGCUCGUGCACUUCUCUAGACAGGCUGGAGCGACGUGUUAAGUCAAGGUUCAACCAUCGGGUGUUUUUCUUGGGCUUUCUUCCCCUUGGAUCAUACAAGAUUCUGUACAGGAAACUCACGGGGGCAGAUGACGAGGAAGACGUGCAGAGACAGUACACCGUCAACCCAAGCAUUUCGGAACUGUCAAAAAGAGCAAUCAUGAAAAAGUAUAGGAUUCUGGAGUACUCGGCAGAAACCCUCUAUGCCCUGCUCAACCCCGUUCACAUAGCACUUGUGCUGAUGGCAUUCAGAAAAAGAAUAAAGUACAUCAACUGCGUGUCCGAGUUCCGAGCCUUUACAUCAAGUGUCAACGAGCUCAAGGGAACAACCAGCAUGGAGAUUCUGCUCUACUUCCUCGACAUCCUUGACUUCGGCCUUAUCGACAAAGAGGGUGCUCUUCUUGUCGAUGCAUGCAGCUUCAAGAGGCAUGUUUCCAGCGUCAGGCCCUUGUAUCUGAAGAGCCUGAUGCACAAAAGCACGUAG